UGGCUGUGAGCAGAAACCUGUCCCGAGCAGAAGUGGGACCCCAGUGCUGGUGGAGUGACAUCUGAGCUGGGACUUGAAGGACCUUUAAGCUUUGAUUCCGGGAAAAAGGAGCUGAUGGAACUUUCUAGUUGCCCCAUGGGAUAGGAAGGUAACUAGUGCCUCCCCACCACCUCCACCCAUCCUCUUCCUGGAAAGGCUUGUGCAGGAGGGGCAGUGGAGCGCGGCCGUGGGACUCUCAGCUUCGCCUGCUAUGCUGACCUCCAGCACUUGACCUUUCAAAGACCGCUAGAGAAAGACGCCCAAAGCUUCUUCCGGGAUCUUCCAGGGCCGGGUACUUGGUCGUAGCAAGACCGAGGCGCACUUCCUAGUGGCUUGCAAGUUUCCAGCGGGGAGGACAAGUCUAACUGAACACUGAGGCCACCUCUCUGACCCUUUGGGAAAUGGCCGGAGAUUAGGAACGCAUCACCGCGGCCUGCCGAGCCAGAGGACUCGCCUCACAAACGGGGGCCCUCGCAAACAGGCGGGCCGCGCACGGGGCCAGGAUUGGAAGACCCGCCGGGUGCCCCUCCCGGCCCCAGGCGGCGCGGCGCGGCAGGCUGUGGGAGACUGCGCGUGCGCGCUGGGCGGCCGGUUCCGGAGACGACGUCCCCAGCCGCCUCCCGUCUCCCGCGACAGCAUGAAGACCGCCGAGGACGCCAGAGGAGUGCAUGGCGAGGGGCCGCGGAAGCUAGUCUCUCUCUGCGGCCUGCCCGCGGCAGGAAAAUCGACCUUCGCGCGGGCCCUAAGCCCACGGUUACGGCAGGAGCGGGGCUGGGCCGUCGGCGUGGUCGCCUAUGAUGACGUCAUGCCGGACGCGUUCCUCAAGGAGGCUAUGCGAGCGGCCCCAUCCCAAUGGAAGUUGCUUCGACAGGAACUGUUGAAGUACCUAGAAUACUUCUUGUUGGCUGUCAUUAACGGUGGUCAGAUGUCUACCCCACCCAACAGGACUGGCAUGUGGGAGGAUUUUAUAACCUGCUUAAAGGAUCAAGAUCUGAUAUCUUCUGCUGCACCGGAGGCCCUCUGCUAUCUCUUAACGAAGAGCGUUUCUAGACCUUUGUUUUUGAUUUUAGAUGACAACUUUUAUUAUCAAAGUAUGAGAUACGAAGUUACCAACUGGCUCGGAAUAUGUUCAGUAUUUUCCUGCCACAAUUCAUUAGGCUUUUGCCAGCUUUUUUUAGAUUGUUCUCUGGAGACCUGUUUACAGAGGAACAGCCAGAGACCCCAGGCGCUGCCUGCCGAGACCAUCCACCUGAUGGGAAGAAAGCUGGAAAAGCCCAACCCCGAGAAAAAUGCUUGGGAACACAACAGCCUCACAAUUGAGAGUUCAGAAUGUUCUUCUGAAGCCAGCCUGAAGUUGACCGAUUUAUUGCUUACUGCUUUGGAAAAUCCAGUAAAAUAUAUUGAGGACAAUGUGGAACAAAAGCUUGAGACGGACAAGGACAGGAGCACUUGCACCGCACAUGGAAGCAGACGAAUCAUUUGUUCAACCAACCUUCUUCAUCAAGCCGAUCAGAUGCUCCGAAGGAUUGUCUCUCAGACAAUGAAGGAAGCAAAAGAGGAACGAGUGCUUCCUUUCAACUUGAAGCUUCUAGCAGAAGAACUCAACAAGCUCAAAGCAGAGUUUUUGGAAGACCUAAGACAAGGAAACAAAAAGUACCUGUGCUUUCCAGAAACCACCAAUGUAUCAGACGCUAUUGCUUUUUUUCAUCAUGAGAAAGAGAAUAUUGUCCAGAAAUAUUUUUCAAAGCAUUAAAACUUUUGAACUUACAAUCAAAUAUCCGAUUUUGGUUGAGUUUGCAAAAUAAAACCAUUUUGCAUUACUGGAUAUUUUCUAGGCCAGUGGUGUGAAUUGCCAGACUUGUUUAAAAAAAAAAAAAAAAGUCCAUUCUAAAGAUCCAUUUGUCAUAACAGAAACUACUUCAGUUGGUGGCUUGUCAGAUGUGAUGUGGACAAUUGAGUAUCGGCAGCAGGCUUCCUCAUUUACGUGCCAGAACCCUUAGGGUAGGGCUGGUGGGGACAGGAGUCUUCGUCAAUAAGGCAGAGAAGGAAGAAGACAAGACGUGGAUACAUGGAGCUGUUUUUGUUUUUAACUCAUGUGACAGAUCUUCUCAUGGGUAAGGCAUUCUACAAAUUCAAACCAAUGUAGCCAUAACCCCGCCCCCUUUUUUUUAAUUAACAGUUUACAUACAGGAAAAUUACUAAAAACCUAACUGGACCCUAGUUUUCAAAGAAGAAAAAUCGAGAUCAAUAGAAGUGUUAUUUUUUUAUUCAUGUAUUACAAAAGCAAAGCUUAAUUCACAAUAUGAACUACAGACUAGAUAUGGUUAUUUCAGCAUCAAACUGCUCUCUGGAAUCCCUAAACAAUGUAGUGUUUUGCAACCAUACUCAGGUUUUAUGUUUUGCAUAUAAAAUAUGUUCUUUACAUCAAAGUACAUAUGAACAAAAACAAGUUGUAGAAAUCAUAAUCCCUCUAAUAAGAUUAUUUAAUGAAAAAGUCCUUAGCAGGGAAUUUCUUUAAAAAUAAUACAUCCACUUGAUAAAUAUCUUUGUAAAACUUAAAAUGAAGUUUAUCUCAACAUUUUUAAAGGAAUAUCCCCUUUGUCAAACAAUUCUGCAGAUAAAUGGCAAACACUUAUUUCUAAAAUGAAAUAGCAGUGGCAAAUAUUCAAAGUAAAAGUCUAGCCUUUACUUGAAUUUCAAGAAGUUGUAGCUACAUACUAGAUUAGUAAAAUCUGAAACGAAAUUAUUCCCUGUUAAUCUCUUCACAGUUUCUUAAAAAAAUAUUAGUGGAGAUAAAUUAUCUAUGAACUUUAAAAAUCUAAACUUAUGUUCACUGAACAAAAAUAAUUUUAGUUUCAGAGCAUUGCCUGUUCACAGCAAAGUACUAUAAAUAGUUCACGUUCAACUUUUCCUAGCAGCUCAUUUCUAUAAAAUAUUUGAUUAAAAAUAAAAUGGGAGAAACAUAUUCAACACUUAAUGGAAGAUAGUAUCAUCUUUCCAUGUAUAAAAUUUAACUCACAGAACAUUUAAAUAAAAUCCUAAAUCUUUUUAAAAAAUACAAUACUAAAAAAGUUUCUAAGGUAGAUUUGAUUCAAAAACUUUAGUGCAUUUAGAAUUAAUUGUAGCGCUCAAGCACUGAUGCCUUUGGAACAUGGACUGUGCUCUUUUAAGUCCUAGGAAAAUUAGAUUUCUAAUUCUAGUUUAUAAUUAUGAAAAAAAAGAUAUUCUCUGUUUAAAUUAAAAUGUACCUUCAAAACAUCUAUCUUUAGUUGUCAGAAAAAAGUGUUUGUCACUAUUGGGCCCAGAACAUAGAGUUAAUAAACUGGUUUUAAUGAGAGAGUCCUUCCUCCUUCUUUAAUGAAAUCUCUCAUUUUCUAUCUCAGAGUAUUGCUUUCGUUUGAACUCAGAGUAUUGCUUUCGUUUGAAUUGCAAAAGCUUCCAAAUGACGGCAACCUGUUUAUCCUGGCAAUAAAAAAAUACUAGAGCCAAGUCAGAUUUGGAAAUGGUUGCAUGAACGUGGAUCUGAGCGGUGAGUGAGUGGAGCUACAAGAGAAAUACAAUCGUAGAUGGCGCAAGCCUCAGAUCUGACAAGGAAGAGAGUUACUGACAGUUUGGACAGACUCCUUGCUGCUCUCUCAACAAUGCUGCUGAGAUUAGUUUCAAUUGGACACUAAACCACAAGAACUCCUUUUACUGGCUUUCUAGCAUUUGGAAGGGAGGGCAGAAGAUUCAUUAAGUUGGCACUUGGGGGUUCUGGGGACAUACACUGUCUGUGUUUCCCUUUUAGUUACUAUAGAUGAGCUGAGGUCUUUUUUGCUUAUUAAAUGCUUAGUAGUUAGGAUAUUCUCCUUAAGAAGCCAAUUAGUAACACUUUGUAAGAUCUGAACCAAAUUAAAAAAUCAAACUUUUGCAAAGUACACAGAAACCAGCAGUUAGUAACAAUAUAUUUUAUUGUUUGACCAAGCCCUCUUCAGAGUAAGCUAGUUAUUACACAAUAUAAAAACAAUAGCCUCCUAUUCAAAAUUAUUCUAGAUUUAGCAAGUCUUAUUUUUGUAAACAAAUCAAAUACCACAUUUAACUGCAUCUUCUAUUUUCCUACUUUUUGUACCCUUUCCUACUAAGGCGGCGAUUCAGUCUCCGUAUAGUUUUGUCACUGUACACGAAAAACUGGCAGGACCUGCAAAUAAGCAUUACAACUUGAAUUCACAGCAAAUCUUUUAAAUGGCCAAUUCUGAAGGAAAAACCAGAAUUUGCUCUGCACACACGUUCUCAUUUUUUUAAGUAUUACUUCACCACCACAUUUUCCCAUGUGUUACUAUACCACCUCUUCUCAGAAAUUAUGGACAAUGAAUGGACAGAGGGCAGGAAAUGGACAUUUCAGAGAUUCUGUGUGUGUGUGUGCGCGCGCGCGUGUA